GAGAGGGAGGACAGACGGAAGAACACAACCAAAACCAAAACCUUUUGCUCCAACAAGUCCCCUCUCUUUCUCUUCUAUUUUUCUUUCUGUAAUAAAAUCUCUAUAAAAAUCCUACCUCUCUCUGUUCUUCUUCGCGAGGGUUUUUAUUCAAUAUUUAUCGAUCGAUUUCGUUUCAGUUAUUUAUUUUCACAGUGUUAUCUCUACUGCGCCGCGAAUUCUUCAGCUGAUUAAUCGCAGUUUUUCACCUAAUUUUAACGUUCAUCUGGUUUUGGAUCUGAAAAUUGAGAAUUGGAGCUUCUUUUUUGAAUCCUGGAUGAAUAUUGAAGCAGAAUCAGUGGAUUGAGUUUGUUUGUGGCGCUGAAAGAGAUCAGAUUUUGGUGGGAUUUUUUGAAUAUUUUUGUUUGAUGGGGGAAGGUGAGGGACGCGAAUUCCCUGCGAAAAAUGCUGUGGCGGCUCAAUCGGAUGCCCAUGGGAACGCCACUGUGGCGGCUGAUUUCCCGGCGAAGAAGCCCGCCAGGCAGCUGGAUUUCACGGGCGUGCCAUCGCGGGGAAGCGUCGUGCUGCCAGAAUAUCCGCAACCACGAGAAGUGCCGCAGCAGGAGCCAGUGGCGGCAUCUGCUCAGAUACAGACACACACACAGACGCCGGUGGGGGCCAUGCCCGUGGGAACGUCCCACACACAGAAUCCUUCGGCGAGGAGUUUAAAACCAGAAUCUCCUAAAUCAAGACCAAGACCCAGUGUUGAAGUAAAAGAUGGGACUCCAAAGAAGCAAAAACAGUGCAACUGUAAACAUUCCCGGUGCCUGAAGUUGUAUUGUGAGUGCUUUGCUUCUGGAAUAUACUGUGAUGGCUGUAAUUGUGUAAAUUGUUAUAACAACGUUGAAAAUGAAGCUGCUAGGCGAGAAGCUGUCGAAGCAACUUUAGAGCGUAAUCCAAAUGCCUUCAGGCCAAAGAUUGCCAGCAGCCCACAUGGAACACGCGAUAAUAGAGAGGAGGCUGGGGAAAUUCUAGUGUUGGCAAAGCACAACAAGGGAUGCCACUGCAAAAAAUCAGGGUGUCUCAAAAAAUACUGUGAGUGCUUUCAGGCCAAUAUUCUGUGCUCUGAAAAUUGCAAGUGCAUGGAUUGCAAGAAUUUUGAAGGAAGUGAAGAGAGGCAGGCUCUUUUUCAUGGUGAACAUGCCAACAACAUGGCAUAUAUUCAGCAGGCAGCAAAUGCUGCCAUAACUGGAGCUAUUGGAUCAUCUGGUUAUGCAUCACCUCCUGUAUCUAAGAAAAGAAAAGGCCAGGAGCUCUUGUUUGGGCCAAUAGCUAAGGAUUCCUCUCUUCACAGGCUUGGACAAUUUCAACCGGCAAACCCUGUUAUGGGUUCUGCACUCUCGUCUUCCGCUCCUGUAGUUCGAGCUGGUAGCUCUGCAACACUGGGUCCUUCAAAAUUCACAUAUAGGUCUCUCUUAGCAGACAUUAUCCAACCACAGGACGUGAGAGAACUUUGCUCAGUCUUGGUUGUUGUAUCGGAGGAAACUGCAAAGACACUUACAGACAAGGGAACAGAAGACCAAACAGGAACUUCCCUUGCGUCACCAACACUAGAAAGAUUGCAAGGCCAGAAGGAAUCUGAUCCGCAGAAAAGGGUGUCUGAUGAUUGUUUGAGUGCAAAUCAGGAAGAUAAAGUUGCGCCUGUUAAUUCAAGUUCAGGUGGUACUGAACUGCCAAUGAGAAGGCCUAUGUCUCCUGGAACGUUAGCAUUGAUGUGCGAUGAACAAGAUACAAUAUUUAUGUCAGCGUCUUCCCCUAAUAGAAUAACUAGUCAUGGUUGCAACACAACUUCACAGUUGCAUCAUGGACAACGCAUGAAUGAGGCUUAUGCAGAGCAGGAAAGAGUAGUUUUGACAAAAUUUCGAGAUUGCCUCAAUAGGCUCAUUACUUUUGGAGAGAUUAAAGAAACAAGGUGUUCGAAAUUAUCAAGAACUGAAAUUGGGAGUCCACAGGACCCAAGCAGCAAUGGCCCUGCAAAUGCCAGAAUUGAAAAUGGGAAGCAACAGGUACCUGUAAGCAAUGGUGUAGCCCAACCCCCUGCAAAGAUGCCUCAGAUGAUUACCGGAGCAGUUUCUGCCUCUAAUAAGGAUCUUCCAAAAAUUCCAGCCCUUCCGGAAAAUACAGAUAAUAGGCCUAAGGCAUAAAUGUGUGAGGAUUAAAUUGGCCCAAGGUAUGCUAUUGAAUCUUGCCCUUCUUUGACCCUGCCUCACUGCAAAGCCUUGUGCACAGUAGUAGUUUACCUUUCCGUAUACUUCUACGUUUCCUUUCUAUUACACCAUUUUCCAUUGCGGCUUCAACUCUGAUGCAGUAUUGAGGUGGUAACAGGCGCCUUAAUGUUGGCAAGAUGCCAAUAUGAUUUAGUCCUUACAUCUCUUUUAUUUAUUUCCUCACAUCAGCUCUGUGUUUCACUAUUUUAACCCUAGUGCAGUACAUUGCUGCAAUGUGCAGAGUAUGUAAUCUUCUCUGUUAGAUGGCAAUUAUCACAGUUGCUUGUGAUAUUAGACAGUAGUAGUUUUUCAUAUAUUUUAUACUUAAUACAGAAAUUUUCGAGUAAUUGUAAUAUCCAUCGAUGGGUGAUUUCCGUACUUGGGUUCAACUAACAAUUGCUAAUGAUAAUAAUCACAAGAAAAAAGCUACAUAGUCAGUUUUCUCA